AUGGCGGACAACGGGGUCAAUCAGCACACACAGGCAGAACUAUUAGCCAUGAUAGCCGAGCUUCAGGCUGAGAUCAGGAAAGUGGCAGAGCAAUCCUCUAAAAAUAUUGCUGACAAUGGCUCAAGCAAGAAAGGAACUGAUCCGGCAAGCAUAGCGCCACCCAAGGAAAAGCUCACGCUCGACAACCCUUUCUCACAGGAGGUUAUGAGCGUUCAGAUGCCGGAAAACUUCAUGCUCCCAACCGGGCUAAAGCCUUACGAAGGAAUCGGAGACCCCCGGGUGCACAUAAAAAAGUUUCAAUCCAUGAUAUUUUUUAAUGGUUCAAUCUCCAGCUUCGAGGACCUGGCAAGAUCUUUCAUUGACUAUUUUGCAACCUCCCGGAUAUAUGUCCACGGAUCUGACUAUCUCAGCACCAUCAAGCAAGGACAACACGAGAGUCUGAAGGACUACAUGACAAGAUUCGCCAAGGCAACGGUAGAGAUACCUGACCUUGACCCAAACGUGCACCUCCACACACUUAAAAGCAGUCUCAGACCAGGCAAAUUCCAGGAGACAAUCGCCGUAACCAAACCUAAGACUCUGGAGGAGUUUCGCGAAAAAGCGGCCGGACAAAUGGAAAUUGAAGAGCUCAGGGAAGCCCGGAAGACAGACAAACCUCAAACGCGCCGAGAGGACGAAAGGCACAACAGAACCCCCAAUCAGAAAGAUAGCAGAAAACCUUUUAAACUAACACCCAAGUACGACACUUACACUCAAUUCAACACGAAGACUGAGGACAUUAUCAAGGAAAUACUGAGUACAAAAAUAAUCAAACCACCCAGCCGAGCAGGAGCAUACCAAGACCAGAGAUACGUCGACAGGUCAAAGCAUUGCGCGUUCCACCAAAAAUUCGGCCACACAACCGAUGAAUGCGUCAUCGCUAAGGAUCUCCUUGAAUGGCUAGCCAGACAAGGACACCUCGACAAAUACAUCGGUAGCAGAAUGAAGUCAGCUCGGCAAAAUAUCAAUGAUCCGCAAACCUCCACCACCAACCAGAGGAGUCAUAAACUGCAUCUCCGGAGGAUUUACAGGAGGAGGACACACAAACUCGGCCAGAAAGCGUAA